UAUGAUACAUGACAUACUCUCUUAGUUGGUUAUGGAUAACGGUAUAACAUCGACAGGAACAUCAAGAAUCGCAUUAAAACCGUCUGGCGCUUCAUUCGCAUCCGCUCUUUAGUGUUUGACGUACGUAAUAAUUUGAUAAGGAUAUUCAACGGUUUUUAUCCUUUCAUUUUUAUAAAUAAUUUGUCGGAAAAAUAAUCUUAUAGACGUAAAUACCUACAUAUGUCCUUUGGAUUUUUUUGAUUUCAUGUGAAUAUAUAUCUAAAUAUUUACUUUGUAUAUGUAGGUUUUAAACAUUUGUGUUUUGUGUGCUCUUAGACGUAAAACGGUUGAGUUUUAAACAAAAAAGAUGUUUAAGUUUUAGUGCGGUGGAUAUUUCGGUGUAUUAUAAUAAAUCUGACUAAAUGCAAUAAAAACAUACUUCGUCCUUCGAUCUUUCAAAUACAAAACUACAUUGGGUACGAGUAUAAAGUGGAAUUGAAAAAUAAAUAAGGAUUUACAAUCUUCUACGUAAUAAUGCAUCAACAAAGUGCAAAGUCUUUUCUAAUUCGUGACCUGCUUGGGGACUUAAUAAACAGACAUCAAAAUCACGUCGAUGACGGCGACGAUUCCGAUAUAUCAGAUGACAACACGGACAUUGAUAUCGAAGAUCGCUCUUCACCCGAAUCUGGAAUAAUGAAUUGUCACAAUGAUUUACAAUUCAACACAAAUCACCUGCAAAAUAGAAAUAUUCUUGGAAAUGAGUCCAGUAUUGAUUCGAACAACCUUUCAUCGCCGGAGGGUCACAGUUCAAAUGAUCACAAAAUAAAUUUAGGCAAAUCUGGACGAAAGCCUCGUCGUAGGAGAACAGCAUUCACCCACGCACAAUUGGCCUACUUGGAAAGGAAAUUUAGGUGCCAAAAGUAUCUGUCAGUAGCAGAUCGUAGUGAUGUUGCAGAUACACUUAACUUGUCGGAGACUCAAGUGAAGACAUGGUAUCAAAAUAGAAGAACAAAAUGGAAGCGACAAAAUCAGCUCAGAUUAGAACAACUACGCCAUCAGGCUACCUUGGAAAAGGAAUUUUCUAGUGAUCAUGCCAAUUCUGCCACAUUGGGCUGUUGCCCGACGUCCCUGUCAUCAUUCUCUUCUGCGAAUCCGUGUACUUUUCUAACAUCAGCGGCGGCAGCAGCAAUAUUUCGGAACGUCAGUUACGUGCACGGAUGCCCAUUGUAAACUUUCAAAAAAUAAUAAAUGCUCUUGACGAGAUCUCGAAAUGUAAAAAAUAGUGUAAAUAAAUAAAGUAGAUGUAUCUAAUUUUUAGAUCGUUCUUCCGAUUUUUGUGUGUGCAAUAUAUAAUAAUGUUCGAAAGUAUAAAACAUAUAAACAAAGAAUAAUUAUAAUA